GAAUUGAAGAUAGACAUCACAUCUACUUGGAUAUCAUUCCUGGGGAAGCACAUUGGCAGAUGAAUGCUUGUGAAGGGGCGAUCAAGGGCGUCAAAGAAGUGAUGAGCAAGUUGGCAGAUGAAGAUGAUCAGAUUACUCCCGAGGAUGCGCUAGCUACUGCAAUACUUACUUUUAACCAAAGGGAUGUGAUACGUGGUUUUUCGCCAAUGCAGCUGGCAUUUGGAUGUGGCCGAGAUGCCACGGGACGCCUCACUCAAGAGGUGCAGCAGCUACCUGAGGAGCUACAGGCUACGAAUGCCUCUGGAGAGUUCCAAGCUCUUUUGAAACGUCAGGCGAUCGCAGAGAAGGCGAUGGUGGAUUGGCGAAUUUGGCGAACUAAGGAGCGCUUGGAUCGUGCACAACAUUCGCGGCCACAACCCACGCGACACUACACACCAGGGGACCUGGUGUUCUACUGGCUGACACAGGAGUCUGGGCAGGGGAAAAGAAGCCAGGCUCGAAACAAGGACGCUUCCUGGGGCCAGCGAGGAUCCUCGCUACCGAGACAAAGCGGGAUGCACAAGGAGAUCUACGACCUGGGAGCUCAGUCUGGUGCGUACAAGGAGCUGGUGGAGGCCAUGGUGGAGAAUGACAGUAUCCCCUGGACCUUCACACGAGAUAUACAGCGAGAGCUACCGCCCACGCGACGCAUCUCCAUGAAACGACCGGGGCCAAGCAACCGCGCCACGAGCAUGGCGCACCCAGACGCCAUGGAAGAGGAUCCUCCCAACGUGGAGGAACGCGAACCACAGCGACUUCGGACUUCGGCGAGCCCAACGAGUGGGGAAGUAGCCAGCCAACACUGGACCGAGAGUCUGGCAGAAGAGGCCUUCCUUGUACACGAGUCCCCGUACUGGAGUGAGGAGACAGCCGCCGUGACCGUGGAGGUGGACGUGCCCACGAGCAAGCGAGGAGUACAGGCGAUGACGAGGGACAUGACGCACUUCUUUGUGGGA